CUUAGCCCGGUACAGUGUGCCUAGUUGUGUUUCGAAGGUCCUAUUUUAGGAAUUUUAAGUGUUUAUUGUGAAGAUGGCUUUCAAGUACGUAGUGUUCGCUUCCCUAUUGGCCUUCGCUGCUGCCUAUCCCGUCAGCUACGGUGAAUAUUACGGAGAGCAGGAAGCGGACGAGCACCAGUAUGGACAGAUUGCUCGGAUUUCGCUUGGAGAUGGACACCACGAGUACGCCCACCACGAGGACGAGCAUGUAGACUAUUAUGCUCCACCGAAAUAUGCCUUCAAAUACGGAGUAAACGAUUUCCACACUGGAGACGUAAAGAGCCAGCACGAAACCCGUGACGGAGAUGUUGUGAAAGGACAGUACUCGCUGGUAGAACCCGACGGUUCGGUGCGUACUGUUGAUUACACCGCCGACAAGCACACCGGAUUCAACGCCGUUGUCCACAAAACCGCUCCAGUCGCCCACCAUCAUGGAGAUCACUUUUAAGCCGGACCAGCUUUCUAGAGAAUGCUGAGCUCAGCUAUAGCCAGUAUCCUUUGUUGUAGACUGUUGCGACCACUGCCUUCUCUUACCAAAAACACAUUUUUUUACAAGUCACUGAGGAGCCUCUUUCAAGCCUCAAAGCCAUCCGACACAUAACUUUCUAUUUCUUACACCAUCGUAGGCUUCCUGGGCUAUUUAUCAUUUCUGAAACAACUCUCUUCCUAACCGCAUCGCAGGUGCUUGAUCAUUUCCGUUCGUUGUUCUGAACUGUGAUACAUAUUUGUUAUUUGUUAUUUUGUUGAGAUAUUUGUUAAAAAAAACAUUGGUGCUUUGCUGUUUCCACAUAGUCCGAUUCGGUUUAGAGCAGUCUGAUAGCGAUCAUGCCUGGCGGACUGGAAACGAUCGAAAUCAUUUAAAAUAAAUAGCUGCCUAACGAACGGAAAAAUCAAACACACCGCGAUGGUUGGUGCUGGCCAAACCCCUAACAAGCGUUCCAGUCCUUUACCCACCGUACCGCACUGGGAUCAAGAGUUAAUCGUUGGACUGAAAAGCAUGCCGCGUGUAAAUAACUAAUCAUCGCGUUCCGAAAAGUAAGCAUGAAAACAGAAACUGAAACAAGUCAGAGCCGGUCGGUUUUCCUGUCCAUCAGCGACGACUUUUCCCCGCGGCGUAAACAGCACAUGUAUUGACUUGAAGUUUCCUCGAUUGCGUAACGUACUAACGUAUGCUGUCGGUGGCAAGUCGCGGGCCUGAAAUGACAGCACCCAAGAUGUUCGUUCGUUUAGAAGUCGCAAACCGGAAAUUCCAAUUAGGAAAACACUUGGUGAGACUAUCCUGCUAUCUGGUAACGUAAUCAUUUCCCAACUCCAACGGGUUCUGCUUUCCGACCGGCCACAAAUCAUAUGCGAAUCACGCUCAGAAAUGUAGACUAACAACCACUUCCCAAGCUCAUCGAGUUCGCAGUUUCUACUAACAAGUCAGUAGUUAUAGCCAUCCUAAACAACUUUUACUAUCAUUUCAUUUUAUUACUUUUACUAUCAUCUCCUCAUUCGCCUUCAGCAGUAACAGACAAAAAAUGCACGACUGUUACUUUGUAUUUAUGUGUAUGUUGAUAUUUACUGCUAGCUAUUAUUAACGGACAGCGAUUUAUUAGAUGCCGAGUGGUUUUUUCCCACCUGCUCUCUAUCUUUUGUAAUAAGUACGUGUAUUAAUAACAACUAGCGUAAUAUUGUAUUUACGGUAGCGUGAGGUGAGACUGUUAAGAUAGAUAGAAGAAGAAGAGGAAAAUGAAGAAGUUAUGACGUGAUCAUAGACAAAGACGAUGAAGAAGAUUUGAAAAGAAUGAUGUGAAA